AUGAAUAUAACUUAAUAUUUGCGAUGUGAAACAACAAUUAAUUCAGAAGAUAGCACAAUUAAAACAGAUAAAAAUGAUGAUUAGUUUAAUUCCAAUUUUAAAGAUGGAUAAAAUCUAUAUAAUUCUGAUCAACCAACUGAUGAUUCUUUUGAAAUGAUAAUAUUAAGUAAUUAGCACCCUGAAAAUGAAUGGAUUAAAAAAGAGCAAAUUAUUGUCUCAUAUCUCAAAUAAUUAGGCUUAAAGAUGAAAACUGAUCCUUUUGAAAAAUAAGAGCUUUUCUAUAAAAAGUUAAAAAGACGACCAAAUAAAUAUAACACAAUGUCUUUCGAUACUAUACAAAAUGUUAAUCAAUCUAAUUUGGAAAAUGAUAAAGCUAUGGUCUUAUUGUAAAAAAUCAGUAUAGAAAUGAAUUCAAUAAAAUAAAGACGUACUCCUAAUACAACUCCUUAAAGUUCUCCCUUAAUUACAUAAAAUUUAGAACAAUAAGAACCAAUAAAAAAAUAAAGAAAGUCAAUUUUUUAGAAAAUGUAAAAUCAACCAUAAGAUCUAUCUUCUGAUAAUGAAGAAAUAUAAAAGAAUAUAAUAAAAAAUUAGUUUUAGAUAAAUGAUUAAAAUAAUGGUUUUGAUAAAAGUGAAACAAAUAGUAGUAAGAGUGAAACUGAUGAAAAUUAUUUCUAAAAUUUAUGUGAAUGA